AUGUCUUACGACCAAACGACGACCCUUGCAUCUUCGUCUGCCCGCCCAUUGCUACCAUCCUAUGACGAAGCGCUCGCAUCAGAGGAUGACGGUGAAAAUCAAUCGUUACUACAGACAGAUUAUUCGAAAACAAGUUAUACGGAUACGAACGUAGUUGUAGAUAUACAUGGGCAAGAAAAUGCAAUGACUGACGAGUUUUCGGCACCGCCAGCGUAUAGUUUGUCGGAUGCGAGUUACGAGAGAUCUAAUGAGGGAGUUGUGAGUCACGAUUCAAAGAUUAAUAAGGACAUCGAGAGCUUGCAUAGGUUCUUUCUAGCACACAACGAUAUGCCUGAAAUGGCUAUUACGAUUCAUGGUUAUCAUGAAGAGACGACUGUUCAUUAUCACACACACACAGACGCCAACGGCCAUACGCGAACGGAUACAACACAUGACAGUCGAGAAGUCACAGAUUUUCACUUUACAUUAGAUCUCACGGAGUAUAUAAUACCGCGUGGAAUGAUAACUGUAUGUGGUCAGAAAGGUCAACCAGCGAAAGAUCUUAGGGAAUUACUGCAGGAAUAUAUAGAUCACAAGAAUAAAUUGAAAGAGAUUAAAAUGAAAAAGGUCGUAGUCUGGGAUUAUACGUCCCUAACCCGUGCCAUAACUUACGCAAUUCGUCAACAGGGUUACCAUAAUCAAGUCCGAGUAACAUUCCCUAUGCGUAAUCAUAUGGUCGAAGUCUACGAUGACAACAAAUUAUCCCGCUUCGCUCACUCCAAAUGGACGCGUUUUCUUUGUUUCAUCUCGUGUCUCUGGAUCAUAUUCUUGCCUUUAAGUUGGCUGUAUAAAAAAAGUUUUAAUAGGCAGAUAGAGAGUAUGUUUGUAAUGAAAAUUACGCCCAGAGAGUGGUUUAAUGCUAAUGUGAACACUAUUGUCAAUAAUGUUAGGUGGGUGUGA